AUGAUCAAGCUAUGUAUGGAUAAAACGAGAUGUAAAACCGGACUCCGACAGAGAGAUGCAUUAUCUCCAGUGCUUUUUAAUAUAGCACUGGAAACGUUAGUAAAGAAAACGAAGAACAAGUUUGAUGGGUUAAACUUGGAAGAUAACAUAAGACAAUGCGGUAUUUUAGCGUAUGCAGAUGAUAUUAUCAUAUUAGAAUCAAAUAAACAAGAAGUCAUAAUGGGCACUAAGGAACUAAUAAAAAAUAGUAAAGACAUCGGAUUACAAAUCAACGAAUCAAAGACUAAAUAUAUGGUAACAUCAAGACGAGAAAACUAUGGAGAACAUUUAGAAGUUGAGAAUUUUAAAAGAAUAUAUGGGCCAAUAAGAAAUAAUAUCACACAACAAUAUGAAAGUAGAAGUAACAUAGAAUUACAACAACUGUGUAAAGAACCAGACAUAGUAGCAGUAUUACGUUAUAGAAGAAUCACAUGGGCUGGCCACGUAUGGAGGUCAAAUAGCCUAAUGAAAGCGGUAUUAAAAUGGAAACCCAGUGGGGAAAGACCAUUAGGCAGACCAAAACAAAGAUGGAUAGAUAAAGUAAAAAAGACUUUAGAAGAAAUUGGAAUAGAAGAUAUGGAAACAGAGGCAAAGAAUAAAGAUAAAUGGAGGCAAAUCUGUGUUGUGGUAAUGGGCCUCAAUGGCCUUUGA